GGAAAGAAGAUGAUUUACUGAAUGACCCAUGGGACUUCAAGACUCAGCACUUGACCUGUAUUUCCAUCUCUGUUGUCGACUCCCCAGGUGAUUUGGAGCUUCAAGCCCAGCAUGGAGCCAGGGUGCAUAGAGAACCUCUCCAUUCUCUACCAAAGUUCAGACUUCAUUGUAGUCAACAAGCAUUGGGACCUCCGCAUUGACAGCAAGAUGUGGUAUGAGACCCUGACUCUGCAGAGUCAGCUGAAACACCGGUUCCCAGAGCUGGCUGAUCCUGACACCUACUACGGCUUCAGGUUCUGUCACCAGCUGGAUUUCUCCACCAGUGGAGCGCUUUGUGUGGCUUUGAACAAGGCAGCGGCUGGCAGGGCCUACAAGUGCUUCAAGGAGCGGCAGGUCACCAAAGCCUACCUUGCCCUGGUUCGAGGCCAUGUGCAAGAGAGCAGAAUGACCAUCAAUCAUGCCAUUGGGAAGAAUACUACAGAAGGCCUGACCCACAUGAUGUGUAUUGAAGGGACAGAAGGCUGUGAGAAUGCCAAACCGUGCCUGACAGAAUUAACAGUCCUAGAGCGUGGAGUGUAUGAUGGUGAUCCAGUCUCCAAGGUCCUCCUCCAGCCCCUCACAGGCCGGACACAUCAGCUACGAGUACACUGCAGCAGCAGUGGGUACCCCAUUGUGGGAGACUUCACCUACAGCUUCAAGAAGGAUAGCCGCCCUUUCCGUAUGAUGCUGCAUGCCUUCUAUCUCCGCAUCCCCACGUGCGGGGAGCUCAUCGAGGUGAGCACACCCGACCCCUUCGUGCCCACGCUGGAUGCUAACUGGCAGCCCCAGCAGUUGGUCCACCCCCUGGAGCAGGUCAUCCAGACCCUGAAGGCCACAAUGGACCCACCCCCUGGGGACACUUCACCCAAAGUUGGCCAGAAUGUGGUCACUCAGGAGAGCAGCGCCAAAGAAUCGGAGGAACAGCGGGCCAGGUGCCAGCAGUGGCUGGCCGAAUGGGCCGCGGAACCGGAGAACUGAACUGCUCCUAACCCCUGCCUGUCCUUGGAAAGGGGCUCGGGGAUGUGCCAUUAGGAAGCCCAUUCCUUCUUUCUAACCCAGACUUUGAGUGUGAAGAGGUAGGGACUUCCUGGGGGGCUUGGCUCAGCCAGAGAGGAGUUUCUUCUCCUUCCCUCCCUCCCCCACCAGCCUCCCCACUCCUACAGCCAGCACUUCCAAGCCUGAGGAAACUGAACAUCAAUCAGCAUUAUUCCCAAGAAGUGGGGAUGGGCUGGUUCUGUAAAGGAAACAGCUAACUAACCCCUGAUUCCUCAUCCCUGAGCACCUACAGUAUGCAGCCAGAAGUGGAUUCACUGUCCGGAGUGGGAGAGUGAGUGUGGAUCCAAUGUUUCCUUGUCACGUCCGCAGGCACUGGGUCUGGAGUCAGGAAGCCCUUAGUUCAAAGCCAGUCUCAGACACUUACUCGCUAGGUGAUCUUGGGUAAGUGACUUAAUUUUUACCUCAGUUUCCUCAUCUGUAAAAUAGGGGUCAUAAUAGUACUCCCAGGUUUGUGGUGAGGAUCAAAUGAGAGAAUAUCUCUAAAGUGCUUAGCCUCAUGCCUGGGACAUAAUAAAUGCUAUAGGACUGCUAUCAUUAUCAUUAUUAUCAUCACUGUGUGUCAGGAGAUUAUCCAAAAUAAGGAAAGGGAAAAAUGGUCUCCCUCGCAAGUUUUGGUUUCUCUGACCUGGGAAACAAAAUCUCUUGUUGAAAAUAAUUCAGAAGGCAGAGCUUAUCACUAGGCUAUCUGCUUACAGUCACCCCCAUUUAAUAAAUGAGAAAACUGAGUCCAGAGAGGUUACUUUUCAAGGUCAUGUAGUUUCUUAGCCACCUCUCCUGAUUCCUCUAGAGUGCCUGUAUUUGGGGGGAAGAUUUUUUUUUUUAAUCAAGAUAGGGUGGGAGGUGGGAGGAUAAUUUUUCACUAUAGUGGAGCAUGGAUGCCACGUGCCAGAUUUACUUGUUACCAUGGGAUAGAGGAGGUUGGUAAGUUCAUAUAGGAUGCUGCUCCACUCAGUCUCAGGUACUUGCUGGCACUGAGCCCCUUCCCACCAUCCCUUGCCCACCCAGACAGGACAGAUCCUGAAGUGCUCGGGGUGCUCUGGGGAGGGAAACUAAUUACGCCAUGUGAUAGUGUAGAGCAUUCUUUCACCAGGAGAGGGCACCAGGGGUCCACAGGUGAUUAAUGCUUCCAGCUCAGGUUGUGAAGUUGGUCCUGCAGCUAUUUAUGUCUGGUCCUCACCUGGCCCCCAAAGCCCUGUCUGAUUAGAGAAGGCUCAAUCUCCAGGACCCUUGUACAUAGAACAAAGUGUUUGGGUUAGUUCUUCUCCCAAUAUCUAAGUCAUUUGCCAAGUCCUUUUGAUUUUAGCCCUGUAACCUGAUUCAUCCUUUCCUGUCCAUUCUGGAUGCCAACAUUCAUUAUCCUUGGCCGAGGCCAUCAAAACAGCCUCCUACCUGUUCUCCUUGCCUCCAUUCUUUCCCUUUCAGUGCUAUUUCUUACGCACUCUCUAAUCAUGUUGUCUCUUGCUGGGUUCCCUCUUGCCUGAGGUGGAGUCCAAAUUGCUGAUCCUGGUCUUGCCAGCCUUUCAAGAUCUGGCUGUUAAGCUUUUAAGCCUUAUCUCCUGCUCUCCCCUUUCAUAUCUCCUCUGCUUCAGCCAGUAUUAUAUUUUGACCACACCAGGAUCAUCCCUGCCCAUAGCCUCUAGCUUGGGCUUUGUACUCUGCUUAGAAAUGUCUUUGCCCUCUCCUUUUAAAAUCCUUCUUGUCCUUCAAGUCUUAAUGAAAUGCUAUGGAUUGGAUAUUUAAAACAAGAAGAGAAAUUAGAGCUCAUCUUGCCCAAUCAUAUCAUUUUACAGAUGGGAAAACUGAGGCACAGACAGGUUUGGGUUUUUUUUUUUUUUAAGUGACUUGACUCUCCUCACUACUCAUACAGCCAGUAAUCCCAGUUCACACUGUCACCACCUUGUGCCAGGCCUAUGAAAUAGCUUUCUACCCUGUCUUCUUGACUCAGAUUUCCUUCCUUCGCAAAUCCAUCCUUCCUAUGACAGCUGAAGUUAUUUUCCCAAAGUGCAGGUAUGACCUUGUCAUUUCCUUAGUCAAAAAAAGCUGUGGUAUUAAAUACCACAAAUAGAAACUGUGAUAUUAAAAAGUGGCCCCGGCCUUGUUAGACAUCAGUCCUAUUCCUAUACACUGCACCUCCUGCUGUUUGCCCUGCCUCUUCCCCACACCUGGCAUUGACUCCCUCCCUACCUCUGCCUCCUGCACAAGAUUCAGCUUGAGCACCUGCUAAGUGAAGCCUUUAUUCCAUCCCCUAUUCCCCCAGUACUAGUCCUUCCUCUCCAAACUACCUUGUAAUUAAUGCAUUUACAUAGUAUGUAUUUAAUUUAAUUUAUAUAACUGUAUUCUCUUCCUGAUAAGAGUGUAAGCUCCUUGAGAGCAGGGAAUGUUUAAUUUUUGUCUAUGAUUAGCACAGUGCCUGGCACAUAGUGGGCACUUAAAUAGUUAACUGAUUGCCCAGUGUCACUCAGGUAAUAUGUAGCAGUCAGGAUUUGAAUCUAGGUUUUCCACCUCCAGAUUCAGUACUCUUUUUCAGGAAGCCUUUCCUCAUGCUCCCCCCUCACCCCCCCCCCACCCCAGCUCAGAGUGAACUUCCCCUCAAAGCUGACUUACAUUCUAUGGGGGUACUGCCGGACCUCUCUUCCCAACAAGAUUGUGAACUCUCUGAGGGCAAAGAUAGCAUCUUCUUCUGUCUUGCAAAAAAUAGCCUCACAUGAGGCUGAGAAUAAGGUCGAUGUUCAAUAAAUGAAAAUUUCAAAGAAGCUCAUGAACUGAUUUUUCAGUGAGGGGUGACAAAGCCAGCCACAGACUUCAGUAGAGAUUUAUGCUGAAGAAAGCCUCUUGGUCUAGCUCCAAGGACCAGUUCCUACCACCCAGGAAGGUCUUACGGUCCCUUACUUUCCCCAUCUGACUCAGAGGAGAGGCUAGUGAGUGGACUUUGUAGAUACGGGUAUCUUCAUGUAGCACAGAUCUGUGCCAGAUUGUCUCUAAGCAAAUGAAGAUCUGUGAAGGAUCCAGAUCUAAAAAAUGUGUUAGACCAUUAGCAGUUUUCCCUGACCCCCCACCUCCUAGAAACCAUCCUUGGCCGGUACUUUGCUCUUGAUCCUCGGGCUAAAGCCUUUCAUUAUUUUUAACUUCUCCAUGACUGUGAGCCUUACUCUGAAGCAGCCAGCCUCCUAAACACUUCUAGUCAGUAAUGUGGUUUCUUGGGACGGAAUCCAGCUCUGCCUGGUUCUUCAUGCCUCCUUCUCCUUAGCAGAUUUAUCUAUCAUUGGUCCAUCCUACAGUCCUUGUCAUCAGCCAUUCAGGGAACUUCAUGCAUUAAAUGACAAUGAUGUCUCGCCUACAUUCCUAUAUAAUCGCUAUCCAAUUUCCCCCUUCUUCAGCCAAGGGAAAAGCUAAGAUAUAAAAAUGGAGUACAGUUAUCCCUUUUCACCUCAUGAUUUUUCCCAUCACAGUUUUGAUAAAUCAUGGUUCAGCAUAAGAAAGAAGAGGAUAUUUUGGGGGAGCUUUGCAGAAGGAGGCCAAUAGACCACACAGAAAAAAUUUAGAAACUUAAAAUCAUAAAUAUAUGUAUAGUUUAUGACCAAAUAUUUACUCCGAAUUGUCCAAUAAGGCAAACACCCUCUUAAAAAACAAAACAAAACAAAACAAAAAACAAAUUCAGACUUCUCUGGUAUGAAGGGAAGGCCAAAACAUUUUAAAUGAAUUUUCCAGAUCAUCCAGGGAGGGGAUAGGUUGGGUGGUCAAGGCUGGAUUAGAGGACUUGCCAUAUUCCUAAACCCUUCAUAAAAAAGGGAUAACUGUAAUUACAUGGUAUAGUGAAAAGAUGACUGGAUUUCAUGACUGAGGUUCUAGAUUCAUCAUCUACCUUGGCUACUUAUCUCAAUUACUUGGGGCAGGUGAAUCAAAUAAUUUCUUUGGGCUUCAGCCUCUAUAUCUAUAAUAGGAAAUUGAGCCAAACCUGUGCAGCUAAAAAUGUCAUUCUCAUCAAUUCAAAAGUCAGAUCAUCAACUCAAUGCUGAAGGCAUUCUGAAGAUAACAACAAAAUCUUUUUCUAUACAGCCUUGUAAAAGAAUGAAAUCAUACGUCUGUCCUUGAAACUCGGGCAUUCAUCAAUCCAGGCCUCAAGUGUCCCAAUUCCCAAUCUAUUAGAAAAUGGUAUAGCUGAUUGAGCAAGGGAAAGCCAGUAAAGCCCAAGCUAAAAAAACAGGCCAAAAGAAGGGCCAAGAAUAAUAGUGAAAUUCAAUCUGCGCAUUAAAUGUACAUCGUUUCUCCUUUUCUGCUGUAACCUUUUCCAUCUCUCUCUUUUUUUUUUUUUUUUUUUUUUUUUGCUCUUAAUGAACACUUGGGCUCAGAGUUAGAACUAUCACAGAAUAAAAGCCCAGACCAUCUUCAGUCCCUUGAUAAUUAUAAAUAUAUAUUAGUGAAUUUAUAUCAUAUCUUCAUUCACUGACUUCAUGAAUGGAGGCUACCGGUUUCAUCUGGAUUGUUAUGCAGUUGUUCAGAAAUAGUGGCACAUCUUUGUUUAUUUAAAUUAAUUUUCUCCAUCAUGGUUUAAGGACAGAGGUAGAGUUCUAUUAUUCAUAGUCAUGUUUGACUUUUUGACCCCAUUGGGGUUUUCUUGGCAAAGACACUGAAACAAUUUUCCAUUUCCUUCUCCAGCUCAUUUUACAGGUGAGGAAACUGAGGCAAACAGGGUUCAGUGAUUUGUCCAGGGUCUUACAGCUAAGUGCUUGGGGCUGGAUUUGAACACAAGUCUUUCUGAUUCCAGACUUGGUGCUCUAACCAUUGAGACACCUUGAUGCCCAAAGGCAGGGAACCACAGUGGAAAAAGUACUAGUUGGGAUAAGAGGGAAAAUCUGCUUUGAUGUUUACUACCUGUUUGACCUUGGGCCUCACAUUUCUCAUCUCUUAAAAUGAAGGGGUUUUAUAUUGUGUUGUAUACAUAGAAAUUUUUUUUGUUUGUUUUUGCCCUUAUAAUUUAAAUUUAAAAUGAAUAGAAAUUAAAAAAUAAAAUAAGGGGGUUGGGCUGGAUAGUUUCUGCAGUCCAUGAUUCUGUGACCCAAUUUAAAAUCUUUUUUUUUUUUUUUUUGAAAUUGGGUUUUCUUUUCCCACUCAGGCCAGAAAUGCAGUGGUUACUUAUAGACCCAAUCCCAGUACUUAUUAGAGUAGAAGCUUUAACCUACUUCAUUUUUCUGACCUGGUUAGUUCAAUCUGAUGCAGAUUUGUGCAGAUCUUCAUCAACUUUAGCCCUACUCUAGGUUAGAACUCCCAGACUUUGAAAAAUCUAUCUAUUGGCUAAAAAAAAAAAAUAAAGUUUAUCUGGAAGAACAAAAGGUCAAGAAUUUCAAGAGAAUUAAUGAAAAAAUGUAAAUGGCCUAGCUCUACCAGACCUAAAACUAUAUUAUAAAGCAGCAGUCAUCAAAAUUUGGUACUGGCUGAGAAACAGAGUAGUAGAUCAGUGGAAAAGGUUAGGAUCACAGGACAAAAUAGUGAAAAAUCUAUUGACUCCUUUGGGGUCAAGAAUCUCUUUAGAGACUUAUGUAAGUAAUAUAGACAAGAAUUACUCAUGGUAAAGAGGAUAUAAGAAUGGGGAUUUGCAUUGGCGGAGGCGGUAUUCCCCAAGUACAUUGGAGAAGUACAUGGCUGCAAUGAGAAUCAAGCUUCUGCUGAGCCUCCAAGGGGAUCUUGUAAGCAGUAGAGUGUAUGAAAGAGAAUGAUAUGUGAGGUAAAGAAAGCUGGUGACAGAUUGCAGAGGGUCUUGAAUGAUUGGUAAAAGGGUAUGAACUUCACGCAGUAGAAAAUGGGGAUCCACUUAGGACUUCUGAGAGCUUGGAGUGAUUACGACUUACUCUAUGCCUAAGAAAAAUUUGUCAGUGGUAUGAAGGAUGGAUUGAAAGGGAAAGAGAGUGAAAGCAGUAAAACUCCUUAGAGUUAGUGUCCUCAAUCUUUUCUAUGUCCUGAUAUCCCUUUGGCAAUAUCAUAAAACCGAUGAACCCUUCUUUUUUUAAAGUUUUAUUAUUUUCAAAACAUAUACAUAGAUAAUUUUCAACAUUCAUCCUUGCAAAAUCUUCUGUUCCAAAUUUUUUCCCUCCACCCCCUCCCCUAGACAGCAAAUAAUACAAUUUAUGUUAAACAUGUGCAGUUCUUCUACACAUAGUUCCACAAUUAUCAUACUCCACAAGAAAAAUCAGAUCAAAAAAGAAAUAAAAUAAAAUGCAAGCAAAGAACAAAAAAAGUGAAAAUACCAUGUUGUGAUCCACACUCAGUCUCCACAGUCUGUACUCUUCAUUACAAGACCAUUGGAACUGGCCUGAAUCAUCUCAUUGCUGACAAGAGCCACAUUCCCAAUGAACCCUUCUCCUAAAAUGAAAUGCGUAGAAUUAACAAGGAGAACCAACUUUAUGGAAAGAGUUGUAAUUUUCUCUUAUGCUAGGUAGUUCAUGGACCCUAAUUUCCAUCAGUGGACAGUUUCAUGAACACCAAGUGAAGAACCUAAGGUUUACCACAGUAGUCCAGGGCAGGUAAUGACCAUUAUGAAAGUGGCAGAGGUGAGAAAGAGGCAAAAGGAAGAAUCAAAAAUAAUACCAAGGAUUCACAUUUGGAGGAUCGAGCACACGAUGGUGCUGUUGACAGGAAUAGUUAAGCGAGAAGGAGGCUUACGUGGGGGACAAAUAAUCAACUCCAUUUUGGAUAUGUUGAGACUGAGGUGAUGAAAGGAAAGCUCAUUCCUUAAGGAUGCCAAGGGAAGCAGUGUGGUACAGUGAAAAGAGAAGACCUGAGCUCAAAUCCUAUUUUUGAAGCUUUAUUGUAUGAACUUGGUUGAGUUACUUAAUCCAAAUUUCAUUUUCUUAAUCUAUUUUUUUUAAAUGAUAGUUAAACUAUCUGGCAUUUAAGGUCACUUUCAGUUCUUGAUCUAUAAUUUUAUGACUAAUGGAUGGCAAAAGGAUGAUUGAGGGUGAUGGAGAGAUAGAAAGGCUAGGAGAGUGAAAUACUUAUGCAACCAUUCUCACAAACAGGUUUCUCCAGCACUGGGGACCAGUUAUUUGCUAUCUAUCUGGGAGAUCAAGUUCAAAGCUAAAUUCUCAACUCAGACACCUGUGAAGUUCCCCAACCUCAGGUAUGGGGAAGAGGGCAGGGCUGAGCCAGGGAAAAAGCUAAAUCCUUUAAUAGUCCAUGCUUGAAAAAUAACAGGCACACUUUGCAGGAGUUGGGGAGGAGGGUGGUGGGAGAAAUGUUCUGUCACACUUCAUUUCACAGGAGCCCAGAGGAGAGAAUUCAGAAUCACCCUGUGGGUCAAUAGCUAUUGCAGGGCCUAGAUGACAGGACUCUGGAUAUCCUGCUGUCUAUUUUUACCAUUGUAUUAUUGUGAAAAGAGCAGAAGGAAAUUCAGAGGGAAAUAGUUUUGGCAUUAUUAUUGUGUUUAAAAAAAAAAAAAAAAAAGAACCACACCAUUUAUAAUAGAGACCUGUGAUUUCAUUUGCUUCCUGGUGUUUGUCAAGUUCAGGAUACUUUAAAAAAGAUUUUUUUUUAAAUGAAAAAAUUACUUUAUGGGUCAUGUACCUUUUGCUUUGCUCUUAUUGAGAAUAGAAAUCGCCUAAUUUUUCUUGUGUAGCAUGAUAAUUGUGGAAAUAUGUAUAGAAGAAUUGUACAUGUUUAAUAUAUAUUGGAUUACUUGCUGUCUAAAGGAGGGGGUGGGGGAAAAGGAAGGAGAAAAAAUUUGGAAUGCAAAGUUUUGCAAGGAUGAAUAUUGAAAACUAUCUUUGCAUAUAUUUUGAAAAUAAACAAAAGAAAUUUUUUAAAGAGAGAGAGAGAAAAAAUAGAGAUAUAUUCCCAUGGGCCAGCUCUCUCUAUAGUUGAUGAAAGAGCUGGAUACCUGUCAAUAGUGCCUACAAGUUCAUUUUCUUAUGGGAUGACUGGCUACUUCUAGCUGCUAAGAGAAAUAUUUUCUCACAUCUCUUUUUUGAAUUUAAAAGCAUAAGACUUUAAUUUUCUAAGGCUAAAAGGGAGGCAGUGUGGAAUAGUAGAAAGAACAUAAGAUUUAAACCUGAGUUCAAAACUUGACUUUGCCUCUUGUCUGGUGUGGGAGGAGAUCACUAUUCACUGAACCUCUCUGUGCCUCAGUCUCCUCAUUUGUACAAUUAUGGGGGUUAGAUUAGAUGACCUCUAAAUUUCAUCUGUCCCUAAUUUUUUCCUCCCAAUAAAGCAAUAAAUAAGAUGGCAGAGCUGACAAUUGAACUCAGCUCUCCUAACUAAAAAUCUAUUUGUCUUUCUUUUGCUCCAUUAUUUUCUACUUUACAUUAUGCUUAUCUCUGAAGAUACCAUUAUUCUUCUAUCCCCAAUUAAAGGCAUUUUCCAUACCCUCAAGCUUUCCCUAGGCCCGUGGAAGAACACUAUUAUAAAUACUGCUUGGAUAAACUAGGAGUCACAAAUUCUAAUCCUUCUGGUGAAAUGAAAAAUAACCAUCUUAUUACUUUCCUUGCCACUGAAUUCUAGCUUCUUUCUAUGCUUAAUACUUGUCCUGCCUCUAGUUUAUAGAUUCCUAAGCAUUAUUUUUUUUGUUUCUAAAAACAAUAUGUUGAAUACUUAAAAAAAACACUCUGGAUAUAAUAAAAAUUCAUGAUUUCAUAUAUAAUCUUUUUAUUAUUAUGAAAUGUUCAUGUUUGUUGGUGUUUGUCAAAAUCAGAAUCACAAAAAUAAAGAUAAUUAUUGUACACAAAAAAAGAAAAAAAAAAUCAGACAUCACUAUCAUUAAAAAAAAAAAACUGAAAAAAUCAAGAUGUCUAGUUCUCUAUAGUUUUUCCAUCUAUAAAUUUGUAUGACAAUAUGGGUCAAUUUCAAUUAUUUAUUAUCAAUUGGCAAAUGUCAUUCGACAAUAUUAAGGGUAUCAUUUCAUGGCAUCUUCCUCUUUGUAAAUGACAAAUUCCUUCUUAUGGUGAGUUCCUCUAGGGAACUUUGCCUGCAUUUUUUCCUUUGUUAAUUGCUGACACCUUUUAGGCAUUCAGUCCACCUUGCUAAGCAUCCCAAAUGUGGGUUCAUUAGGAAUUGCCUACUUUAUGGCAGCAAGUUCUCUAGGAACAGCCUGUCUUUUGGCAAAUACCUCAUGAUAGGGUUCUUGUUAAUUGUGAGUUCCACUAUGGAACUUAGCCCACUUCUUUUACCUUGUUAAUCACUAAACUCCUUUUUUGGAACUUAGCCUGCUGCCCACAGCAUAAUAAAGUCUUUGCCUCUUAAUUUGGAGAUGGUCUACUAAGCUUACUAAUUCUUUUGAGAUACCUCACAAGAUCAGCCCCAAACACCAAUAUAUUUUGGGGGUUCAACCCCUGCCCUCCAUUAGUAUCACUCUCUUCCUUAUAGGACAUGGCAUCCUGCUGCCAGGUCAGUCUGCUGAACUGUCAUGAAGAUUGUUCCUUAAAACUGGUUUUUUUUACAGAUUUAACUCUUGAACAUAUGGUGACUCUUCUAGUCUUGGGAUCUCACAAGAUCAAUGGCUGCCAGCUGAAGCUUCUCAUGGAGCUUUAAGGAACAUUAAUCCAUAGAUCCACAAUAAGCUCUUUCCAGAGGGGCGGGAAAGAAUUAAGUUAAUGAAUUAAUAAUUGUAAAGAACUUAGCACAAUCCCUGGCACAUAGUAAAUACUAUAUAAAUGUUAACUAUUAUUAUUACUAAUCAACUACUUUUUGAACAGUUCUGUAUUCAUAUCUUUUUUAUCUCCCUAAUUAUAUGAUCCCUCUUAGGCAUUUUUUUAAAUGAUUUACUGAUAUAUUCUAAAGAUCCCUAGGACUUGCCAUCUGACCAUCUGAUGUACCUUCAAGAUUUCUGAAUCUUAAUAUCUGUUUUUCAGUUGGAGCUCUUUCUUUUUCCACAGGUAGAAUGUGAGCAAGGACUAUAGAUUUUUCUAUUUGUAUCACUAAAGCUUGGGAUGGUAUUUGGCACACAAUAAUCCCUUAAUAAAUACUUUUUCAAAGGAAAGGACAUAUUUUGGAGCGGGUGUGGGAAAAUUGGAAUACUAAUGAACUAUUAAUCUAACCAUUCUCUUUGAAACUAUACCCAAAAGGCUAUAAAACUGCACAUACACUUUGACUCAGAAAUACCACUACUAAGUGUAUCACAAAGAGAUUUUAAAAAAAAAUCAUCAACUGUGACUAACUUAGCUAUUCUCAGCAAUAUAAUGAUGUAAGACAAUUCUAAAGGACUCAUGAUGAAAGACGCUGUUCACCUUCAAAGAAAGAAGUGAUGGAGUCUGAGUACAGAUUGAAACAUGUAUAUUUUUACUUUAUUUUUAUUGAAUUUUUAUGGGAGUAGUCUUUUUUUUCACAACAUGACUAAUAUGGAAAUAUGUUUUGUAUAAUUGCAUAUGUAUCACCUGUUUCAAAUUGCUUGCCUUCUAAAUGAGGGGGAAGGAGAGGGAUGGUGGGAGAGAAUUUGGAACUCAAAAUUUUAAAAAUGAAUAUUAAAAAUUGUUUUUACAUGUAGUUGGAAACAAUAAAAGAUAAAUAAAUGUUUUUUCAUUCACUCAUA